AUGGAAGGAGUAGUCUCUGCAAGAUUAGUGCCAUUUGGAGAUUUAGACAAGUGUGUAAAAGGAGAAUCAGUUCGCUUAACAGGCAUCUGGAAGAAAUAUGACCAAGAUACACAAAUGGCGGUGAUGCGAUAUGACACGUAUGAAGCCGAAGUAGAUACAGCAUUACUAUCAACUCUACCAGCCAUUGGAGAUAUCGUACAAUGUAUUGGUGAAGUAAUUGAUGAGGCAACAUUUGGUAUGCUACGUAUCCAAGCACGAAUCGUGCGUAUUGUGAAUACAAUUGAGUUGGAUUUAUAUGAACGUGUGGUCAGACUUCGAAAUGCAUCCACAGGCUAA